AGCGAACUGAGUCUGCACACUAGCACGUAAAGAUGCGGCGAGAAACUUAACGGAAUGCACUCGCGGGGGCUUCAAACGACAGAACAAUGGGCAGCCAUCUGGGAGGAAACCUUGCCCUGCUGCUCAUUCUCCAUGUCACUGCAGUGAAGAUGUGCCACCCUAGAUGUCAGUGUGAGAUUGAGAGCUUUGGAUUAUUCAGUAGUUUCAGCCUGACCAAAGUGGACUGCAGUGGCGUGGGCCCAAGCAUGGUUCCCACUGCGAUUCCUUUGGACACCUUGUCCCUGGAUCUUUCUUCUAACAGCAUCCGUUCCAUCGAAGACUCUGAGCUCUCCGGACCGGGGUACACAACCCUUUCCAGCCUCGACCUAAGCAACAACCUCAUCUCUGUUGUGAACGGCAGCAUGUUUUCCAAGUUGCACUAUCUUGAGACGCUAGAUUUGAGCCAGAACUACAUUGAGGUCCUCAUGGAGGGUUGUUUCACUGGCCUGCCUCUCGCUGAGGUGGAUCUGAGCUACAACCAGAUUCAUGAAGUUAACCUGAACGUGUUCGCCGUCAGGAACCAAGGAAGGCCUCUGAGUGUGGAUCUGUCUCAUAAUAUGUUAAGGGCUGUUACAAGGAUUCCACAUCUACAGCUUCCCAACAUACAGAGUCUUAAUUUGGCAGGAAAUCAGCUGAGUUCAGUACCAGAACUCCAGGAUGUCUCGCUUAGGUCAUUGAACCUGGCUAACAACCCCAUUUCUGUCAUUGAUAAACAGAGUUUUGCUGGUCUGAAGGAUCUAGUCCACCUCUCUCUGUCUGAGAUGCCCAAGUUACACACAAUCGAGCCUCAAAGUUUGCAGGAUCUUCAGAACCUCCAAGUGCUUGACCUGUCGCAUAACAGCAAACUGAAAUCAUUGAACCCAGACGUUUUCAGUGGCCUUAAACUGUUACAGGAGCUCAAUAUGUCAGACUCUGGAGUUGUGUCUUUACCCACAAAUAUCCUACAGCUCCUCCCAAGCAUUAGGGGGAUUGUUCUGAGGGAUAAAGUGAACUGUUGGAAGGUCCACAAACAAGAACCAUUUCAUAGACAUGCCAGACAGAGUAACACCAUGGAAGCGCUGACCUGCGAUGUGACUGGCGUUGUUCAGUGAUCUAGCAUGUCCUGAGCUGGAAAUGAAUUAAAUAUCAACAUUCUCGAGUGUAACAUGUGCCUUUCUUUUUAAAUGGUCACUUUGCAGUAUUAGGGCUUUGGUUCACUGUUAGCAUUCAGUGUAACGCUUGAUAAAACAUUGAGCUAUCUUUGUAGCUGUUCAGUUUCAAGCUUCAUGAGCAUGCUUCUCUUUAAAUAGACCUCUAAAGUCCUGUUAUCAUUCAGUAGUUGGCAUCAUGGUGAUAUUAGGAACUCCAGGUCUAAGCUGAAUCCUUUAUAUGAAUAGCCUUUUCAAAAAUUGGUUUUGUCCAGUAUAUAUUUCUCCUCUGACUGUCACUGGAUACUCUGAAUUACGAGGUCAUUAACAAGUCAGAAUAUGAAUAUUGCUACAUGCAAGCUAACAUUGCUGUGCACUGAACUGAUAAGACUGGCAACCUCACCAAAAUACCCCACACAAACCAGAAAGCUUUGUCAAGUGUGGUGGUUUUCUAGUGUUAGCUUGCUUGUAGCAUGUAUGUAGCAAUUAUUCAUGUUUAGACUGCUGAGUGAUCUUGUAAGAUUUCCACUCACACUUCUGCCCAUGCAAGUUUAAGCAUAAUGCAUCAGCUUUUAACAGUGUCAACUAUUUUCAUUACACCAGAGUUCCCAAUAUGGGCAUGAUGCUGACUACAGAAUGACUGACAACUUCAGAGGUCUGUGUGUAAUGUAGUGCUACUCCAACUUUGGCUUUUUAAAUUAUUUACCGUUUAAUUUGCUGGCUUGCUGGUUGCAGGCAAGUUCUUGAAUAUUAUCCACAAUCAAAUUACUCAUUCAAUCCAGCAUGAUACGGUAGUUUCUUCACUCUCAUUUGUACAGCAAAAAUAAGUAUUGACAUGUUGAUGUUUCCAUUUACAGUUUUUAGAGCAUUUAAUAUUACAAAAGUGCAAUAUUUGAAGCUGUAGAAUGGCACAGUUGGACUGGUUGUUUAGCAGCGAAUAAGCACUGAUCUAACGUGCUAACUGAGUUAACAGCAUGCUAAAUGUAAUACUACAAUACAGUAUGUUCUGUUGUUACACUCCUAGUAACUUGAUCCAAACCAUUUUGAACCUGUCAUGCUUUAAGCAUGUACUACAUCACAUAGCCUUGGUUUCCCAGGCAGGGAUGAAGCCUAGACCUGGCCUGCAUUUUCCUUUCAAUAGAGAAUCUCCAUUCCAGCACUAAGCUUAAUUCCUGUUUGGGGAAACUGGCCCAUUAAAAGUAAACUUUGGCCAAAAUGAUAAAUGUAACCAUUGCCACGUGUCGUAAACAUGCCUUCUCUCCUCCUACAGCGGAGACUGUAGACUCUAGAGUGAGAUAUUUUGGUUUAAAAACUAGGAAAGACUUUUAUAUCGAAAUUGCCCUGUGAAAGAAUCCAAUUUUUUAUUAUAGAAUACAUUAUCAACAAUUUUUGUGUCUGAAUGAGUUUUAAAUGGAGAAACUUUAGCCUAAUAACACAGAGCCUGUGAACUACCUGUAGAUGCGUUCACCAAUCAGAGGCAGCAAAAACCCCAUGUUCUGUAUAUGUGACAUCACAACCAUCACAACUAGUUUGAUGCACUCAACAUUUAAGCUUCCUUCCAGAAAAAGAAACUGUUCUGCUCUUUUUGGCCAAAAAACAGACCUGCAAAUUAAUUUAUAGAAAAUGCAUUUAAAUCACAAUCACAAUACUGGCCAAACAAAUCGUAAUUGGAUAUUUUUCCAAAAUCGUUCAGACCUACUAGGAAAACUCUCUAGAAGGAGGACCUUGAAAAGUGGAUGCAUGACGGUGGACUAUUUGAAAUAAUGUUUUGGUUGGUUUGUUUAGUAUUCCAACAGCUGGCCAAUGCAGAAGGAAGCCAGAUAUCAACUCUGCAUAUAUUGGCCUCUACAUGAGUGGAUUAUUAUCACUGUGGGGGGAUUCCCAAUGCCAUCGCACUGGGAAUCAAAUAUUUAAGUGAUGCAUUCUGGAUAUUGUAGUGAGAGGACAUUGAUGAUGAAAACACAAAGUAUACAAAAUCACAAAUUCUGUUGGCUGAAGAGGCCGACAGAUGCAGUGCUGUGCCAUAGAAUAUUACAUAACCAGGACAAAAUAUUAAAGGCUAGUUUUAGGCCCCUAAAACUGAGGAUUUGUGAGCAUAUUUGCCUUUUGUCUUAUUUUCCUUAAUCCAGGAAUUUUGACCUUACAUUUAACCUGCAUUCAAGUAUGAAACUAUGCAACUGUGCUAGUAUUUUAAUAUGUGCAAUGUUCGAAUGUGUUUCAGAACAGAUGUAAAUAGUUUGCGUGUUAAUAAUUCCGACUAAGGCUCUUCUGCAGGCAGAAAUUGCUGUUUUUAUGAUGAAAAGUGCUAUGUUUGAUAGUAUUUGUACAUGUAUUUCUAUGUGGUUACUAAAACACAACGCUAAAACAUGAAUCAAU